UAAUUUUAAUAAAGUUGUAAGUCGUGACAUGCAAAAGAACAUGGCCAAUAUCCCAAAUCAAAACGAAUAUUAAUUUCUUAGGCGAUAUUUGAAAUAAUGUAACAUAUUUGGUACUUAACGGGUUUGUUUAUAUUGAUCAGAAUCACUGAAUUCAAAUUAUCAGUUGGUUAGAUAAGUGACCACUGGAAGCGGAUACAGAGUUUCCUAAAAUAGCUCUGAGGGUGAUUCUGUAGGAGAUUUUAGGGUUUUGAGAUUUUUCAAGGUGUGACGGUCAUAAGGCUCGCUCUAUGGCGGCGCCGGUACCGGAGGGCUCACCUCUGAAGGUCGCAGAUGAGGCUACAAGUCAGGCUUAUGCAGUUUGGUAAAAAGUCAUUUGUAAAAGCGGUUCAACAGAAACAUGUUCUGAUGAGGCACGACGUUAAAGUUGAAGAUGUAGACGGUACUCAGACGGUAGAGAUACCUGAUGAUCUUCUCGUCAAUACAGUCCCCGGGGAGGAUUUUCUUGAAGGAACGUUCCUGGAUCCUGCUCCUCACGUGGCUAAGAUCCAUAUUCUUGUUAACAAGAUAUGGCCUCUAGGAAAUAAAAAUGUUAAGAUCGAUGUGUAUGCCGUGAACGAAAGAACGGUGAAGUUCAGGAUCUGUGAUCAACAAACUAGGAUCCGUGUCCUGCGGCGUGGAGUGUGGAAUAUUGCGAACAUCCCGAUGAUACUCUCUAAAUGGGUUCCACUGACAGAAAAAGAGAAUGAAGAAACUGAGGUGAAGAUUGUACCCAUGUGGGUUACAAUGAAAAACGUUCCAUAUAGCAUGUACUCUUGGAAGGGACUUGGCUUUAUUGCCAGCUCUAUCGGGAAACCGGUGAGAUUGCAUCCAGAAACAGAGUUAUGUUCAAACUUCGAGGAGGCCAAGGUGUUUGUGAAUGCGAACAUGACAAACCCCCUGCCGUCUGGUUAUCGGUUCUGUUCCAAGUCUGGGAUUAAUGCUGAUGUUAAGUUCACCUAUCCUUGGACUCCUAUUAAGUGCUCUCUUUGCACGAAAUGGGGACAUAAGGACAAAGAAUGCAGCAAAAAAGUAAUGAAUGAAACAGAGGAAGAAACUGAAGAGGGUAAGGAAUCUGAUACCCAUUUACAAAACAUGGGAGAGGAAGGGGAACCUCAAGGGGAGAAAACAGUUGAGAUAUUGCGCCGUCCUAAGGUUGUGGAGGAGGUAGAGACAGUUUCUGAGGCUGUCACGGGGAGAGAAGUUGAAAAACAAAUAGAGAAAUCAGUGGAAGAUGAGGAACCUACAGUGGGAAAAAGUGGAAGCUGUGAACUGCAAGGUGGUUUACGUGACCAAGCAAACUCUGAGGUUGAAGUAAGCAUGGAGACAGAGAAGGACUGGUCGAGUGUUUCGCUGGGCAAAGUUGGAAGAUCAGUAGAGAAGCAUGAUGCUCAAACAGUAAUCUCUCCAUCCCGGUUUCAACUAUUAGUAGAAGCAGAUGAUGAUGAUGAGCAAAGCACAACUCAGGAAUCAGUGGUGAAAGUUGAUAAUUUAUCUAGAGGUAACCUAGUGGAUGAUGCAGAGGAGGGAGAAAUUCUGCAACACGAUGGUGAGAACCUGCAACCAAAAAAGGACGGGAAGGUUUCUAAGCCAGCCCGACCAGCGAGAGUAACACUUCGUGUAAGCUCUCAGUCUGCUGUGUCUAGGAAUAUCAAACCUAAUGGCACAAGCAGGAAACAUUCCUCCAAAAAACACUGAUAUGUCAUGC